AUGGGACUGAAGCGUGUCCUCGUCAUCGCAGGCUCGGACAGCUCGGGAGGGGCUGGCCUGGAGGCUGACCAGCGAGUUCUUGCUGCCCAUGGCUGUUAUGCACUCACUGCAACGACGGCAUUAACCGCGCAGAACACCCUUGGGGUCCAGGAUGUCCAUGUUGUGCCGACAGAGUUCGUAAGAAAGCAGAUUAAAGCCGGCCUAGAGGAUGUUGGGGCCGAUGGGGUUAAGAUAGGAAUGCUGGCUUCUGCUGAAACAGCGGUAAUGGUGGCGGAAGAAUUGAAAGCUCAUGAAGUGCAUUCAAUCACAUUAGACCCCGGUCUAAUUGUUUACAUGAAGGUUAUGAUAUCUACCAGCGGUUCACAACUGCUGCCACAAAAUGCAGUUAAAGCAGUGCGAGAACAUCUGCUGCCAUAUACCACCGUCCUAACCCCGAAUAUCCCAGAGGCAGUUCUUCUGCUUCGAGAUUCCGGUGUGGACGUGAAGGAGCCAGAGAAUCUACAUGAUGCAAUCGCUCUCGCAAAACAGGUCCAUAAACUUGGUCCCAGGCAUAUACUGUUGAAGGGCGGUCAUCUCCCUCUGAACGCCCAGCGAGAGAAGCCUACGGCGGAUGCAGAUGCGGCCAUUGUUAUUGAUAUACUAUACGACGGCAAGACAGUGACUUUAGUCGAAGCUACCUUUUCAAGGUCUAAGAACACCCAUGGUACCGGGUGUUCCCUUGCAUCUGCGAUUGCAGCUAAUCUUGCUAGAGAAAUGGAAAUCACACGGGCAGUGAGGGAAGCAUGUCGAUAUGUUGAAGCUGGGAUUAACACCAGUAUUGAUUUGGGAAAGGGAAAUGGACCCAUUAACCAUUUUCAUUCCCUCUACUCACUGCCUUAUGCACCUGGGCAUUUUAUAGAUUACAUCCUGGAGCGGCCAGAUGUUCAGCCAGUAUGGAAAGCUUUCACUGAGCAUGAAUUUGUGCAGAAGCUUUCCAUCGGGGCGCUUCCUGUUGAGAAUUUCAAAUGGUACCUUGUUCAAGACUAUUUAUAUCUGUCUGCCCAAAUUGUCCUCCAUAUCCAGCAUGAGAUGAAACUGCAUCUCGACUACUGCGCCUCAUUUGGUCUAUCAAAAGAGGACAUUGAAAGUUCAAAAGAGAGCUUGAGCCAAUCGGGUGACUGGCUUGCCCUUCAAUUUGCACUUGCUCCUUGCCUCCUCGGCUAUGGUGCAAUAGCACAGCGGCUCUUCCAUGCUGAAGAAAGCGUUCGAGAAGGCAAUAACUACUGGAAAUGGAUUGAAAAUUAUGUUGCAGAUGAUUACUCUGCAGCCGUCAAGCUAGGCUCAGGUGAGAACUUCUACAUACAUACCAUCUUUACAUGUUUCUGUUAA